GUGCGCACUCGGUGCGCGGGUGGGCGGGGACUGGUCGGCCGCGGGAAGCAGCGCCUGAAGUGCGAGUGUAGGAGCCGGGGCCGGGAGGGGAAGGUCGCCACGAUGAACACCGUCCUGUCGCGCGCGAACUCCCUGUUCGCCUUCUCGCUGAGCGUGAUGGCGGCGCUCACCUUCGGCUGCUUCAUCACCACCGCCUUCAAAGACAGGAGCGUCCCAGUGCGGCUGCACGUCUCGCGGAUCAUGCUAAAAAAUGUAGAAGACUUCACGGGCCCUAGAGAAAGAAGUGACCUGGGCUUCAUCACAUUUGAUAUAACAGCUGAUCUAGAGAAUAUAUUUGAUUGGAAUGUUAAGCAGUUAUUUCUUUAUUUAUCCGCAGAGUAUUCAACAAAAAAUAAUGCUCUGAACCAAGUUGUCCUUUGGGACAAAAUUGUUUUGAGAGGUGAUAAUCCGAAGCUACUUUUGAAAGAUAUGAAGACAAAGUAUUUCUUCUUUGAUGAUGGAAAUGGCCUCAAGGGAAACAGGAAUGUCACUCUGACCCUCUCCUGGAACGUUGUACCAAACGCUGGAAUUCUCCCUCUUGUGACAGGAUCCGGACAUGUGUCUGUGCCAUUUCCAGAUACAUACGAAAUAACCAAGAGUUACUAAAUUAUUCUCAAUUUGAAGCUUAUUUUUAUACAUGUUGAAUUGCAUCUCAUCUCUCCCCGGUUUCUUCAUUGAUUUUUUUUUUUUCUUUUUUUUCCUUUUUUGUUUGGAUGUAAGAAAGACUCAGGUCAGAAGAAGCAGUUGAAGUGAAAGGUUCUGAGCUGCUUAAGCUUAGCUUUGUAAACAGACAGAAAAGGCCUCCGAGAGGAGAGUGGUUAUGCAGAACGAGGCAGCUGCAUGGGAAGAAUCGAUCAGCAGUGCAGGGUUGAAACAUGAUUUAUAUUAUCUUACACGAUACAAAAUGAUCAUAAAGGGCUGUUAGACAUUCAGGUGUCAUAAGAAUUCUAAAUUGUAUCUUUUGUGUUCAUGCAAAGCAGUUGUGACUUACUCAUGGGCACUCUCUUAUAUCUCUAAGUGUAUAGUCUAAGUGUAGAUGACUGGAAACUAGAUGAAUGUGGUUCUUUGAAGUCUGGUUUACAAACGAGCAGAGUGGUAUAAUUGUAUCCCAUUUCUUUUACAAGGCCCAAUCAUGCUUGCUUUCCUUAGGUGAGUAGCAGCUUUCUCCAAAUGAAGAGGAAGAACCUGUUUGUAUGCUGUAAAAUCUAGCAGGCUCAUUUUAAAGUUUCAACCCAGCCAAAUGUGUAUCUUUCAGUCUUUUCAGAGUGUUUCUUUGUGUAUCUCUUUAAAAUUUUACCUUUGCCAUGCAAAGUUGAAAACUGUUUGCAUGGAUUCCCUCCUGAAUUGAAUUCGCCCCACUGAACUUGCCUCUUGUGGUUAAGUACGGUUUUCAUAGCUCCAUACUCUCACAGUUGGAACAGUAAGAACAGUUGUCAGUGCUUUCCACCCACAGGUUUCUCUCCUGUGCUGAGUGUUGUCUUGAGUGAUCCUAAUGAGGUAGAGAGUACAAAUGUUAGCGCUUUGCAGGUGAAGAAACUGAAACCCAGAAACUUACUGACUAAAAAGCAAGCAGUGGACUUGUUUUAUACCUCAGUUUACACAUUGGUCACAUUCAUAUAGUUUUAUUGUAGUUCGUUACUCUCAUUUUCCUUCUGGGAAUGAGAGAGUUCGAAACUAAUUUUCUAGCAGCCAACAACUUACACAGUGAUAUCUUUGUGUGUAUUCAUUUUUACCCAUAUUAAAAUAACUACAUAGGUUUGUAAAAUAAUUUAGAGAUUAAAUAUGUUGUAUAUGAUUGAGUAUGUAAUUAUAUUUGACAUGAAAUUUAUUUUCCUCAUUGAUACUCUCAGAAUUAGCAUCUGCAUAUUGGCUACUCUUAAAUGCAAGAGUAGACACUACACACAUUCUAAAGUAACCUAAAAGGGCUGUUUACUAGCAAUAGCAUAAAUUAGCAUUUGUUCUGUUUACCUCAUGUGCUUAGUGACAUUCAUCAAACAGCUCUUGUAUGUGGUGGUACAGUUCUUACAAAUGCAUGUGCUUGAGGUUUUCUUACCAGCAGAAGGGUCAGAGGCGCACCUUGAAAUUGGCACUAGCACGUUCCUUAAACAUUUUGGGGUCUCUGUUUCUUUGUCUAUAAAAGGAUCCUUUACUAGGAUAGAAAGUUGUGAUAUGUUUUCUGUUCAGCAGAUUGCGAACAGGAAACCACCUUAGUGAUCUGAAGUCAGAACAGUGAUGGAAAGAUUAACAGAGUUCAUAAGGAUCUGAGCUUCUGCUACAGUUUAUACCUACAAAAGUGAGCUUUAUACAUCGAUGAGAUACUAGAUGUGUAAAGUCUGCAAGUGUCAAAGUUAGAGGAUCUGGGUGUGUCCUAGCUAAGGAAGCCUUCACAAGCCUAGGGCAUUAAAGCCACACAUCAGUUCAGUUAACAGUUCACUAUACCUUUGUGCUGAGUGGAUCUGUUGGUUGAGCACAGACUAUCUAGCACUGACAUUUAUGUAUCUGAAAAGCCCAAUUCAGGAGUUUGGAAAGGAAAGCCCAAUAUGGCAAAUGGCCUUGGUUUUUAGCAGACUAAGGGAGCAGCUUCUCCGGCACGCCACUAGCCCUGUCUCUCAGGAACUCCAUUGCGUGCGUGCACGGCUUUAUCAGUCUGUGAUGGUGCUGUAACGUGCAAAGUUCUUAUGUGUGAUAAGCAUCUCUGGUCUCAGUGUUUUAGAGAAGACUCAGUGCUUCAGUGGCUGAGCCCAGAGGUGAUUCUAUGAAAAGAAUGCAAGAAUGUUAGUAAAGAGGUUGCGGUUAGAAAUGAACUUGAAACUGUAGCACUCGGCGCAUCCCUCUCAGUCUUAACUAGACAUCUUAACUGUGUGCUUUGUGUCUGGCCCUAUUGCAUUUACUGUCCUCAUGCUGAAAGGAAAGCAACAGCUUCAGAAAGUGUUGAAAAUAGAAUAGGAAAACAGGCUGGGGCGAAUUCCUUUGCUGGUAAUUGUUUUACAGCUCUUCAGUGGUCUUUCUGGCCAGUUAUUCCUGUGAAGAAUUGGACUUUAAGGAGCUAAAGCUUUGAAUGGGGGCUGGUGCAGGGGCCUGGUAGUGGCGAGUCUGCUUUCUGAUACUUUGACCUCGGAGCUGUGACCUUUGAUUGUAGCAGACAUCUAUUUCAAAAGCUUCCCUUGCUUUCAGUCACAAGCCUGUGUACCUUACUGCGAGACUGCCAAUGGUUCAAAGAUGUAUGUUUGAAAAAGUUCUUUCAUAGUUUUUAUGAAAUUUGGGAAGUUGUUUACUUAAACAAAUGCACAAGAAAAUAAUUCAUGAAAAAUACUGAAUAUAUAUGUGCAAAAAUUUUCUUAACUACAAUAAAUAUUCAACAUUUUUCUAAUAAAGAUUUUUUUUUUCUGAGUAAAAAUAUGCAUUUUAAAGAC